UAGGUACGGACCGGAAGUGCCUGAGCGCGGCGGCGGGAUGGUUAGUUGAGCUUCUCGGUUGCGUCUGGGAAGAGUCGGCGUGAGGCCGCGGCCUGCGGGCUCCAGGGACGGCGGAGGCGGCCGCGGCCGUCUGGGGCUCGGGACCUAAGACCCGAGCGUCGACACCACCCGCGCGGUGGGCGCCUCGGGCUCCGCUGAGUGCCUGGGGCCGCCGCCAAGCACAGACCAUGUUCAUGGUGCGCCUGACCUCCCAGCUGCUCAGGGCUGUUCCCCGGGCAGGUUGCAGUGGGCCUUGGCCUGUCUGCGGGGUGUUGGGCAGGCAUGCCUGCAGGCCUCGCUACAGCAUGCAACCAAUAGGCCCAAGUGGGGUUGCCUCCCUUCCUGACAGGCGGGUCCACAUGGAGCUUGAGGAGAUGCUGGUCCCCAGGAAGAUGUCUAUCAGCCCCUUGGAGAGCUGGCUGACCGUUCGCUACCUCCUGCCCAGACUGGACGCUGGGGCCCCAGGGACUGUGUCUCCAGCCCAAGUCUAUGAGUGUCCGCCCAGCCAGGGGGGGGAAGGGGUCGCGCAGGGGGGUAAGGAGGUCUGGGACGCGCCCCAGAUACAGUGCAAGAACGUGCUCAAGAUCCGCCGGCGGAAGAUGAAUCAUCACAAGUACCGCAAGCUGGUCAAGAGGACCCGGUUCCUGCGGCGGAAGGUCAGGGAGGGACGCCUGAAACGGAAGCAGAUUUUCUCGUCUGUAUUUUCGAAUCAGCGUCUCAGUGGACUGAUGAUCUCCCAGCCUCUGUCUGACCUGUGGUCUCCACCGGAAGGAGAAGAGAGCCUCCACGGGACACCCGGCUCUUCGGACACGGGGCCUGCAGAGCUCCUGCCUCACCGGGUGAGCCCCGGCACCGGGCAGGCCACCAUGUCCCCAGAAGAAGGACCAACACACUCACAAGUGACCUGGUGCUUCUACGAGACCUGGUGAGAAUGAGCAGAAAAGCAGCGUGAGGGGGAAAUGGCGAGUGCCGUGGCCUGUGACACGGCACCACGCUCUGGCCUCACCUCGUGCUGAUGAUGGUGGGUCAGUGCAGCUCCCGAGGACACCCCGGGGACCCUGCUGCUCAGCGACCCACCCACAAGCCAGUCCCUAACGAGGCACCAUCCCUGAGACCUGUGCUUUUGUCCUUUUAAGUCCUGCCCCUGCUUUGCUCAGGGAGACAGUCGCAUUUGUCUCCUGUUGCUGCAUCAAAAAUCAACACAGGGCUUCCCUGGUGGCG